GUAUUUAAAUUAAAAAACAAAAGCUUCCAAUGGACAACAUUGAAACCACAAUGGAGUCACCUGCUUUACCGACGGAUAUUGACAUAGAGCACACGCAACAGAUAUGCAAUUACCUGCAAAGUCUACGGGAUCGUCUAAAGCAAACUUUGCAGCAGCACAGUGAGAUGAUUCAGACAUCGGUGAACCUAGUCAGGGAGAUGUCCGACUUGGCCACAACGUUGGCGCUGACGCAAUCGACUCUUGAGCAGCAACCCACCAAAAUCAAGCGACUGAUUAUGGAGUUUGAGAGCCUGCACGCCGGAGACAACGGCUUGGGCUCUGUCGAUGCAAUGGAGUUCCAUGGGCUGCUUACGGAUUUUCGACGCCUGCACGAGAGCCAAUUGUUGCGCGACAGCCUGAUGUGCUUUAAGCGUGCCAAGGAUUCGUUGGAGGAGAUCGAUUUGUUGCUCAGCCAGAGGCUGUUCACGGAAAAGCUCUGUGAGUCGGCUCAGGCAUCGCCAAACAACAGUCGGGCGACGAUGAGCGCUAGUCGCUGUCUGCGGGAUAGAAUUCUCGCCUUUAACCAGGCCUCCUCAGUGCAGGGCCAGAAUAUGCUACAAAACUUUACCACUUGCUUCAGCAAUAGUUGCCCGAACAUUGCCACUGCCGAUGAAAUGAAGCCACCGGCACUUGGAUCACGCUCGCACACCAAUUCCGGCUACGAGGGUGACGUGGACAGUGAAAUUGAACAGGUUGCGAGUUCCAAUCGGAACAGAGCUUAAUGAAUGGAAUUUUCGAAAUUAUAUUCGUUCAGCAGGUUCGCUGCUGAAGCAAUCAACAAA